AUGUCUUUGAUUCCAAGCGUCUUCGGCGGCCGAAGGACUAACGUCUUCGACCCAUUCUCUCUCGACAUCUGGGAUCCAUUCCAGGACUUCCCGUUGAUCAGCGGCGGUAGCAACGCAGCCUUGUCAGGACCGCGGUCGGAGCUGGCGAGCGAGACGGCGGCGGUGGCGAACACGAGGAUCGACUGGAAGGAGACGCCGGAGGCGCACGUGUUCAAGGCGGACCUUCCGGGGCUGAAGAAGGAGGAGGUGAAGGUGGAGGUUGAGGAAGGAAGGGUGCUGCAGAUCAGCGGAGCGAGGAGCAGAGAGAAGGAGGAGAAGAACGACAAGUGGCACAGGGUGGAGAGGAGCAGCGGCAAUUUCCUGAGGCGGUUCAGGCUGCCUGAAAACGCGAAGGUGGAGGAGGUGAAGGCUAGUUUGGAGAACGGGGUGCUGACUGUGACUGUGCCCAAAGAGGAGGUGAAGAAGCCUGAUGUUAAGGCCGUUGCGAUUUCUGGCUAA